AUGGAGCCUGAUAUCGACACUAAAUCACAAGCAAGCAACUCGCGACGAAGUUCGCGCACGGGCUCUGCACGAUCUGGUGCGAGUAAAACGUCCAACCGCGAAGUUCCUGUAGAUGAUCGCAAAAGUACAGUGGGUUCGCCGAAACCAGUUUUGCCUAUAAUAAAUGGUUUGAAAACACCUCCUCAAGAUGCUAUUGUAGCUCCACCAACCGUCUAUGACACACCAGUCGGAAUGAGAGAUGACUAUGAGAAUGAGUUUGAAGACGCUCCGUAUGUCAAAUCGGAAGUCGAGUCGAUUUUUGAUUAUAUCCAUAAACUUGUCGUAUUACCGGGUUUGGAACCAUCAAUGUGGACAGAUGAAAUUCAUCGUAUCAUUCGGGAAUAUUUAAGUGAUCCUGAAUUAAGACUUUUAUGUUUUUAUAUUGAUCGUGUCACGGGGCUAACAGCCGAGUAUCGUGUACCGACAAAUCCAUUUAGUCAUUUGCUAUAUUUUAUGAAAAACCAGUCUAUGAGAAUUGUUGAAAAAGAACAGUUUGUUCGUGACGUUCAAUUUGGAAAUUUUGGUGGAAAACAUUUUUCUAGCCUAUUAAGACUAAUGUCCGGUUUAUACGCUCCAUUAUUUUUUGGCAAUAAAAUGUGGCCUGAAACAAUUAAAAACGAUUUUUCCGCACAAUUGCAUCGAUUUUUAGCCACAUUAACAGAUAUUCGUUGGCGAAUGGAGGGUAUCACAAAAUUAUAUAUACCAAAAGAAGGUUUGGAUGUUGAACCAGAAGUUGCGGCAAAAGACAAAGAAUUAGUACAACGUCUAGAGUCAGCUAUGGUACAUUGGUCUCGACAACUAAAAGAUGUAUCGAAUUCACAAGAUGCAUCUAUCGUAGAUGAAAAUUCCGGACCAUUAGAAGAAAUUGAGUUUUGGAAAGCUCGAAGUCAAGAUCUGAUGGGCAUCAGUAAACAAUUAGAUCAACCCGCAAUCAAACAAAUUACACAUAUUCUACAAUUAGCAAAAUCAUCAUAUCUGGCACAAUUUUUAAAACUAGCCGAUCAACUACAAUCCAAUACAAAGCGUGCUGAUAAUAAUUUAUCGUUUUUAAUGGCAUUGAAAGAUCCUUGUCAUGAAUUGGCCGAUGCAAAACCAUCAGAAAUUGGACGAUUAUUACCUAAAAUUGUUCAAUUAAUACGAGUUAUAUGGAUAAAUUCUGAGUUUUAUAAUAGACCGGAACUAUUGACAGCAUUGUUUAGAAAACUUAGUAAUGAAGUAAUUCGUCGUUGUACAGCUGCCAUUAAUUUGGAUAAAAUUUUCGAUGGAUAUAUUUUAUCUAGUCAAAAGACAUUGAAUGAAUGUAUCGAAUGUUGUCAGCAAUGGCAAGAAGUCUAUAAUAAUGCACAACGUUUACAUGAAAAAUUUUCUGUCAAAGGUUGGCGUCUUGAUAAAACGACAAUAUUCGCUCAAAUUGAAGCAUUUAUUCAACGUUGUCGUGAUUUAUUGGAUCUAUGUGAAUGUCAAAUGCAUUUUCCACGAUGGGAAGAAGGAACCAAAACACAAUUACCUAUUUUUGGUGGUCAACGUGGACCAGCUAUUAAUAGAAUGCUAACAGAAAUUGAAACAGCAUUUGAUAAACAUUUACAAGAAUUACGAAAAGUACAACAUACAAUUUUGAAUGUAAAAGCGACAACAUGGCAUGAAGAUUAUAAUCGAUUUCGUUCAGCUGUCAAAGAUUUAGAAGUAAUGAUGACGAAUGUCAUUACUUUUGCAUUUGAUGCUGUUAAAACGGUUGAACAAGGUGUCGAAGUGUUAGAUGUAUUUACACAUUUAAAUUCAAGAGAGGCUAUUCGUCGUACAUUGGACAAGAAAACAGUCGAAUUAUAUAACAUAUUUAAAAAUGUUUUACAAAAUAUUCAAAGUAUAAUAUCAACAUCGGCUAUUGCUCAAUCUUUAGAUCGAUACCAUCCACAUUAUGCUGGUGCUGCGUUUUGGGCGCGUAAUUUGAAACGACGUGUUGAACGUAUGAUGUCAUUUUUAAACAUGGCACAUUUUUUACCAUCCGUUGGUGUUAGUAAUGAUGCACGUACACAAUACGAACAUGUUAAACAAGCAUUAGACGAUUUUAUACUUAAACAAUAUAAAGAAUGGAGUUAUCAUAUUGAAAAUGAUCCAGCUAAAAAAUUGGAAACUCAAUUAAUUAAACGUGUUAAUGAUGAAGGCUAUUUACAAGCAAAUUUUGAUCCUCUACUAUUGAAACUAUUUCAAGAAGUAAAAUAUUGGGAACGUCUUGGUUUUGAUAUUCCAACGUAUGCAGCAGAUAUUGUUGUUAAACGUAGUGAAUUACGUACAAGUCGAGAAAAUGUCAUGUUAAUUGUUCGAGAUUAUAAUAGAAUAUUAGAUAAAUUAGAUCCACAUGAAAGAAUAUUAUUUAAAGAACGAAUUAAACAAUUAGAUAAAAAAUUGAGUGCUGGUAUGACUAAAAUAACAUGGUUAAAAUCAACAAAUGAGUAUACAUUAGAUUGUCGUGUUAGUGCCAGUGAAUUACAACGACAAGUGGAUAAUUUUAAAGAAUCAUAUACAAAUUGUAUUAAAUUAUGUAAAAAAAUUAGUGAAACAUUAUUAGUUAAAAUAGAUACAAGACGUAUAUUUGAAAUUUUAGAAUUUGAAGAAUAUGAGAGACAAUAUCGUAAAGCAGCUGGUGAAAAAAUAUUAGAAUAUUUUAAUGAAAUUUUAUCAACAAUAGAUCGAACAUAUCAAUUAUUUACCAAAGAUCCACAAGAUGUACAACAUGAAUGGCAUCGUGUCAUUGAUGAACUUGAUAAAUGGCUUGAUCGUGCAAUACGUUAUAAUUUUAAAGCAUCUUUAACAGAAUUAUCAAAAGCAAUAAUUGGAGAUGGAAAAACUGUACCGGGACCAUUAUUUAAAAUUCAAAUUGUUUUAGAACCAAGAACCGUUGGAGAUACAACACUUUCACGUAUUAAUUUUCUUCCUGAUUUGGCCACAUUAAAAGGUAUUGUAAAUAAUAUUGGUGAAAGAGAUUUAGCCGAAGAAAUAAAACCUUUACAUCGAUUACGACCUCGUCAAAAUGAAGAACCAUUAUAUAUUUUAAUGAAUAAAGAUGAAACAAAACAACAUUUAAAAAUUCAAAUUGCCAAUGGUAUGGAGACAAAUGAAAAGAAUUUAGAUGAUUAUCAAACAACAUGGAAUGGUGUUCGAGAAUUAUGGGAUGUUGAUAAAGAACGAUUUAUCGCUCGUUAUGAAGAACGAUAUCCAGAUGCCUCAUUUUUUGAUGCUGAUAUUAAUCGUUAUACUGAAGUGGCUAAUAAUGUUCAAAGUCGAGAUACAUUAACAACAGUUCAAUUUGUCUUAGUUGAUUGUUCACCAUUAAAAAAUGCAUUAGCAAUACAUUGUCUUGAAUGGCAGAGUAAAUUAACCGCAUUAUUACUCAAAUUGGCGACAAAUAGUUUACAACAGUUGACAAACUAUAUCGAAGAUAAUAGUGUCAGUGUUAUGAUGUCACCUGAUAAUCAUUAUGGUUUAGAAGCAAAACAAAAAUUAUUAGAAACUCUUCAACAAAAUAUACCGAUUUAUGAAGGAAAAUUUCUACCAUUACGAGAACAAUUUUCAUUAUUAGAAAAAUAUGAAAUGCCUGUACCAGAUAAUACACGUGAUAUGUUAGCUCAAUUAGAUGAACGUUGGCAACGUUAUUUGGUAUGUUUAACUGAUAGUGAAGAAAUGUUGAAAAAAUUACGUGAAAAAUUCAAAUCAAAAUUAUUACAACAAUCAGAAGAAUUUAAAAAGAGUGUUUCUGAAUUAGUUCAAGAUUUUAAAACAAAUGGACCAUUUAGUGCCACAACAUCACCACAAGAAGCACUUAAUCAAAUUGAAGCAAUGAAAGCACGUUUAACAAAAUUAAAAGAGGAAGAACAAGAAUUACGUCGUGGUCUAGGAAUAUUUCGUAUUGAUCAUCCGCUAUCAAAAGAUAUUCAAAAUUUAGAAAAAGAUAUUGAAGCACUCGAAGGUAUUUGGUCAAUGACAAACGAAUGGUCAGAAUCAUUUGAUAAAUGGAAAACAACAUUAUUUCGUGAUUUACAAACUCAAACAAUGGAAGAUUAUGCAACACAACAAUAUAAAAAAUUACAUAAAUUAUCAAAAGAUUUUCGUGAAAAAAAUUGGGAAAUAAUUGAUGUAACAAAAAAUAAAGUUGAUCAAUUUCGUCGUACAAUGCCGUUAAUGAAAGAUUUACAUAAUAAAGAUAUGAGAGAUCGACAUUGGAGAAGAAUUAAAGAUGAGUCAUUAAAAGAAUUUGAUGAAUUAUCAGAUGAAUUUACGUUAGAAACAAUUAUUGAUAUGCAUUUUGAAGAAAAUGCACAAUUAAUUAAUGAAGUAUCUGAAUCGGCACAAAAAGAAGCACAAAUUGAACGUGGCAUAGAAAAAAUUCGAGAACAAUGGGAAAAAGUUGAAUUUGAAAUUAUACCAUUUAAAGAUAAAGGACAUUUUAAAAUUAAAUCAACAGAAGAGAUAAACAAGACAAUUGAAGAUCAUCAAAUGAGUUUAGCAACAUUUAAAGCAUCACGAUUUAUUAAACCAUUUUCUAAAGAAGUAGAUAAAUGGGAAAGAGAUAUUAGUCAUGUAUUGGAAGUAACAGACUUAUGGUUAGCUGUACAAAGACAAUGGUUAUAUCUUGAAAAUAUAUUUUAUGGUGAAGAUAUACGUCGUCAAUUAGCAAAAGAAACAGCAUUAUUUGAUGAAGUCAAUGAUAAAUGGAAAUCAACAAUGAUUAAUCUUAAUCAAAAUCCAAAUGCAUUUCAUGCAACACAUUUAAAAAAUGUUGAUAAAGAUUUAUUAUAUAUGAAUUCAAAUUUAGAAGAAAUACAAAAAUCAUUGGAAAUGUAUUUAGAAAAUAAACGUCGACAAUUUCCAAGAUUUUAUUUUAUAUCAAAUGAUGAUCUAUUAGAAAUUCUUGGUCAAUCAAAAAAUCCACCCGGUGUUAUGCCACAUAUGAAAAAAUUAUUUGAUAAUAUAAAAACUUUAACACUUGUUAAAACAACAAAUAAUGGACCAAUGGCUGCAACAGAAAUGCGUUCAGCUGAAGAUGAAGUUGUACCAUUUGAUGGUCAAGUAUUACUUGAUGGUCAAGUUGAAAAAUGGCUUCAUGAUGUUGAAAUAAAAAUGAAAGAAGUUGUUAAAAGAAAAGUAUUAGCUUGUCGACAUGAUCUAUUAAAUUGUGGAACAAAACGUGAAAAAUGGUUAAAACAACAUCCGGGACAAAUGUGUAUAACAGCUAGUCAAAUACAAUGGACAGAAGAAGUACAAAAAUCAUUAAAAGAAAAUAUAUUAAAAUUAAAAACUGAUCGUAAAAAACAACAUUUAGUAUUAAGAAAUUUUACUGAUAUGAUUAAAAAAAAUUUAACAAAAUUAGAACGUAUUAAAUUAGUAUCAUUGGUAACAAUUGAAAUUCAUGCAAGAGAUGUUAUUAAUGAUUUAAUUAAACAUAAUAUAAAAAGUGAAUCAGCAUUUGAAUGGCAACAACAAUUAAGAUUUUAUUGGAGAAAAGAUGAAGUUAUUAUUGAACAAGCUAUUGCUCGAUUUUGGUAUGGAUGUGAAUAUUUAGGAAAUUCAGGACGAUUAGUUAUUACACCAUUAACAGACAGAUGUUAUAUGACAUUAACAAUUGCCUUAUCACUUUGUCGAGGUGGUUCUCCAAAGGGUCCUGCUGGUACGGGUAAAACUGAAACAGUCAAAGAUUUAGGAAAAGCAUUAGCAUUUUAUGUUAUUGUAACAAAUUGUUCUGAUACACUUGAUUAUAAAAGUAUGGGUCGUAUGUUUAGUGGUUAUUGUCAAACGGGUGCAUGGGGAUGUUUUGAUGAAUUUAAUCGUAUUAAUGUUGAAGUAUUAUCUGUUGUUGCACAACAAAUAACAUCAAUUUUAAAUGCAUUAACAGGUCUUAAAGGCGAUAUUGAAAAUGCUAUAAAUAUAAAAGUCAAUAAUAAUAUGAGUACAGAAGAUGCGUUUGCCACUGUUGAUAAACGUUGGUUAACAAAAAAAUUUACAUUUCAAGGACAAGAUAUUGAUUUAGUGUGGAGUUGUGGUCUAUUUAUCACAAUGAAUCCUGGCUAUGCUGGACGUACAGAAUUACCCGAUAAUCUAAAAUCAAUGUUUCGACCAAUAUCAAUGGUAGUACCUGAUUCAAAUUACAUAGCAGAAAUUAUUCUAUUUGGUGAAGGCUUUUCUGAUACAAGACUAUUAGCGACAAAAGUCUAUACAUUAUAUCAAUUAUGUGCCCAACAAUUAUCUAAACAAGACUUUUAUGACUUUGGAUUACGUUCUAUGGCAGCAGUUUUGCGUUAUGCUGGAAAAAAGAAACGUGAUAGUCCACAUUUGAAAGAUGAUCAAGUAGUGAUAUUGGCUAUGAAAGAUAUGAACGUUCCAAAAAUGACUGGACCUGAUCUACCACUAUUUAACGGUAUUGUCAGUGAUCUAUUUCCCGAUAUUGAUACUCCACAAAUUGAUUAUACAAAGUUUAAAACUGCAAUUGAACAUGAAUUACAAGCUCAACAAUUAAAAAUUACACCUUAUACUGUAACAAAAGCCAUUCAAUUGUAUGAAACAAAAAAUUCUCGACAUUCUGUUGUACUUGUUGGUUGUACACAAUCAGGAAAAACAGCCGUAUGGAAAACGUUGAAACGUGCCAUGACUCUUCUAGCAACACAAGAUCCAUCUGAUACAAAUUAUCAAAAAGUACAAGAAUAUCCUAUUAAUGCAAAAGCAAUUUCCAUAUCCGAAUUAUAUGGUUCAUCAGAUUUGUCAACGGGAGAAUGGAAUGAUGGUGUAUUGUCAAAUAUUAUGAGAACAGCAUGUGCAGAUGAUAAACCUGAUCAAAAAUGGAUCUAUUUUGAUUGUCCAGUUGACGCCGUUUGGAUUGAAAGUAUGAACUCUGUAAUGGAUGAUAAUAAAAUUUUAACAUUAACAAAUGGUGAACGUAUUGCUAUGCCAGAACAAGUAACACUAUUAUUCGAAACAGGAGAUAUGGCCGUAGCUUCUCCAGCAACUGUAUCACGUUGUGGUAUUGUCUAUUGUGACUAUGAAAAUCUUGGUUGGAAACCAUUUAUUGACUGUUGGAUAGGCUCAAAACCAAAAGAAUAUCAUGAAGCAUUAACAUCAUUGACAGAUAAAUAUUUAAAACCUAUAUUGAAAUAUAAACAAGCAAAUUGUAAAGAAUUAAUUCCAAUAGCAGAAUUAAAUGGUGUAAAAUCGUGUACAUAUCUUUUUGAUGUAUUUGCAACAAAAGAAAAUGGUGUUGAUCCACUUGAUGAAGAUAAUUUUUCACGACUUACUGAUUUAUGGUAUUUAUUCAGUGUUAUAUGGUCUGUAUGUGCAUCUGUCGAUGAAGAUGGGAGAAAAAAAAUUGAUUCGUAUAUACGAGAAAUUGAAGGCACAUUUCCAAAUAAAGAUUCUGUCUUCGAGUAUUAUGUUGAUGUUAAACAACGUGCAUGGUUAUCUUGGGAAGAAAAAUUACGUCAAGGAUGGAAAUAUAAUCCAGAAAUACCAUUUUAUAAAAUAAUUGUACCAACAAUUGAUACAAUACGAUAUAAAUUUUUAGUGGCAGCAUUAAUUAAAAGUCAACGACCAGUUUUAUUAUGUGGUCCUGUUGGUACGGGUAAAACAUCGGUUGCUCAUGCCGUAAUGUCUGAGUUAGAUGCUCGUGAAUAUUCAACAUUAAUUAUCAAUAUGUCAGCCCAAACACCAUCAAAUAUGGUACAAGAGAUAAUUGAAGCUCGAGUAGAAAAACGUGUUAAAGGUGUUUAUGCACCUAUUGGAGGAAAAAAAUUAUUAAAUUUUAUGGAUGAUUUUAAUAUGCCAGCAAAAGAUGAAUAUGGAUCACAACCACCGUUAGAACUAUUGAGAUUAUGGUUAGAUUUUGGCUUUUGGUACGAUCGAAAAAAUCAAUCAGUUAAACAAAUUAAAGACAUGCUUCUUUUAGCUGGUAUGGGUCCUCCGGGUGGUGGUAGAACAGUUAUCUCACAACGUUUACAGAGUCGAUUUAAUCUGAUUAAUAUGACAUUUCCAUCGGCAUCUGAAAUUCGACGAAUAUUUGGUUCAAUGAUCUCCCAACGUCUAGCUGAUUUCGAUGAUGAAUUUAAAAAUUUACCAGAUGCAUUAACAUCAGCAACAAUUGAAAUAUAUGAAACAGUUGUACAAAGAUUUCUUCCCACUCCUACUAAGAUAUACUAUUUAUUCAAUUUACGUGAUAUAUCACGAAUAUUUCAAGGUUUAUUACGUGCUGAUAAAAAAAUGAUUACUUCUAAAGCAUCAAUGAUUCGUCUAUGGAUUCACGAAUGUUUCAGAGUAUUUGCUGAUCGUUUAAAUGAAGAUAAAGAUCGUGAACAAUUUGUCAGUAUUUUAUCGGAAAAAUUGGGCACACAUCUUGACAUAACAUUUCAUAGUAUUUGUCAAAAUAAAAUUCCACCUGUUUUCGGUGAUUUUGUUAAUCCAGAUGAAAUUUAUGAAGAUUUAAUUGAUUUUGAUAAAUUAAAAUUACAUAUGGAAAAAGUAUUACGUGAUUAUAAUGAAACUCCAGGCACAAUACCCAUGGAUUUAGUCUUAUUUCGUGAUGCUAUUCUACAUAUAACUCGAAUUGUUCGUGUUAUUAGACAACCAAGAGGAAAUAUGUUAUUAAUAGGUAUUGGUGGUAGUGGUCGACAAUCAUUGGCUAAAUUAGCAUCAUUUAUUUGUAUGUAUGAUGUUUUCAAAAUUGAAAUUGCAAGAAAUUAUAAACGAAAUGAAUUUCGAGAAGAUUUAAAACGUUUAUAUAAACAAGCUGGAGUAUCAAAUCGUGAAACAACAUUUAUAUUUGUUGAUACACAAGCCGUAGAGGAAACAUUCUUUGAAGAUAUUAAUAAUAUAUUGAGUAGUGGUGAAGUACCAAAUUUAUUUAAAACAGAUGAAUUAGAAGAAAUUAAAACGAAUAUGGCCAGUGAAUUGAAAAAAGCGGGAGUUGAUGAAGAAAAGAAUCAAGAAGUAUAUGCAUUUUUAUUGGAUCGUGUUAAAGCUAAUUUACAUAUGGUGGUGUGUAUGAGUCCUGUUGGUGAAGUAUUUCGAAAUCGUAUACGUAUGUAUCCAUCGUUGGUUAAUUGUACAACAAUUGAUUUAUUUGCUGAUUGGCCACAUGAUGCUUUAUUGGAAGUGGGUGAACGAUAUCUUGGACAAAUUAAAUUAGAAGGUGAUGAAAAGUUUGAACAGCAUCGUUCUUCAAUUGCUCAAGUAUUUGCCACUGUACAUAGUUCAGUAUAUCAAUGUUCAAUACAAAUGUGGGAUGAAAUGCGUCGUAGAAACUAUGUAACACCCAGUAAUUUUCUUGAGUUAACAACCGGUUAUAGAAAACUAUUAUAUGAAAAACGUAAAGAAUUAUGUGAUGCAGCUGAUAAAUUAAAAAAUGGUCUUGGAAAAAUUGAAGAAGCCAAAAUUCAAGUGACACAAAUGAGUGUUGAUUUAGAAAAGAAAAAAGCAUUGGUUAAUGAAAGUCAAAAGAAAUGUGAAGAAUCAUUAGGAAGUUUAGUAAAUGAACAACGAGAAGUUGAACAAAGUAAAGCUACGGUCGAAAAACUAAAAGAACGUGUCAAAAUUGAUGAAGAAAAAGCAUCAACAAUUGCACAAGCAGCUCAAGAAGAUUUAACAGCAGCCAUGCCUGCUCUUGAAGCUGCUAAUCAGGCUUUAAGUUCAUUAUCAAAAGCGUCAAUAACAGAAGUAAAAACGUAUGGACGUCCGCCUGUUCCGGUUGAAAAAGCAUUAGAAGCUGUGAUGAUACUACGAAAUUCUGAACCAUCAUGGGCCGAAGCUAAACGACAAUUAGAUCGUGUAUCAACAGCCGCUGCUGGCUUAUUUAUGUGGGUUCGUGCCAUGGAAGAGUAUGCAAAAAUUUUUAAAACUGUUAAACCAAAACGAGAUCGUUAUGAUGCUGCAAUGGCUGAAUUAAAUGAAAAACGAGCACAAAUUGCUGAUGCUGAAAGACAAAUUCAAGAAGCACAAAAACGUUUAGAUGAAUUACGUGCAAAUUAUGAAAAACAAAUGGCUGAAAAAGAACAAUUACGAAAAGAUUGUGAACAUAUGCAAAUGAUGUUAGAAAAAGCGUCAAGAUUAAUAAAUGGUCUAGCUGGUGAAAAAGUUCGUUGGGAACAAACAGUAGCGGAUUUAGAAUUACAAAUUAGUUAUGUAACUGGUGAUUGUUUAUUAGCAGCAGCUUUUCUGUCCUAUAUGGGACCAUUUUUAUCACAAUAUCGAGAUCAUAUGAUGAAUAAUAUUUGGCUAAAAGAGGUUCGUAAAUUUCAAAUACCAUGCAAUCCAGCAUUUAAUUUUGCCAGUUUUCUAUCAAUUCCCACACAAGUUCGUGAUUGGAAUAUUCAAGGAUUACCGUCAGAUACAUUUUCAACAGAAAAUGGUGUUAUUGUUAAUCGUUCAACAAGAUGGUCUUUGAUGAUUGAUCCUCAAGCACAAGCUAUUAAAUGGAUUAAAAAUAUGGAAAUGCAAAAUAAUUUACGUGUAAUUGAUUUACAAAUAUCUGAUUAUUUACGUAUUAUUGAAGAAUGUAUUCGUAGUGGAAAACCUUGUCUAUGUCAAAAUGUAAAAGAAGAAUUAGAUCCGGCACUCGAUCCUGUUCUCACUCGAGCUGUUAAAAAAAUUGGUGGUGUUGAUAUUAUUAAAUUAGGCGAUCGUGAAGUAGAAUAUGAUAAAAAUUUUCGAUUUUAUAUGACAACAAAAUUACCAAAUCCUCAUUAUGCACCAGAAGUAUCAUCAAAAGCAAAUAUUAUUAAUUUUGCUGUUAAAGAACAAGGUCUUGAGUCACAAUUGUUAGGUAUUGUUGUUCGAGAAGAAAAACCUGAAUUAGAAGCAGAUAAAGAUAAACUUGUACGUGGUAUAGCAGCUGGACGAAAAAAAUUAAUCGAAUUAGAAGAUCAAUUAUUAAGAUUAUUGAAUGAAACAAAAGGAUCUUUAUUAGAAAAUGAUGAAUUAUUAUCCACAUUAGAAAUAUCAAAACAAACAGCAAAAACUGUUCAAGAACAGUUGAUUACGUCUGAAGCAACGGAAAAAGAUAUUGAUGCAGCGAGAGAAGUAAAAAUAAAGUGA